AGGCAGUUUAUUACAGAGUUUGACCCUUGCCGCCUUCUUCCUCCCUUAUAACAUGCACAUUGCAUUACGCUGAAAGAAUGCACACUCCGGUUUCUCUGUCUUCCCAGCAUCAUUCAAAAGCAUUCCGCCCAUAUGUGAAUGAUUCCCUGACACUUCAAUCAGGGCAGUGUUACAAGUCCUCUGCCGGCAGGAGGGAGCACUCCAACAAAAUCUGAAGACCCAAAAUUUGUCAGAAGCGGUGACAAGCAGACCAGGAAACCACAGAACACUGUGAACUGAAUGGAUGACUUAAUAAGCUUGUAGAUGUGAUUUGGCCAGUGUUGAUAGAGGAAGCUCAAGGGGAAAAGGCAGCAAGCAUUGUAACGUAAAUCACUGCAGACCCACUGGGCGUGACAGCCCUAGGAAGCCAAUGAUCUCUCCAGGAAAGAACUGACUGCAGUUAUCCAGCAACAGAACUCGCUGUAGAACAGGGGAGGACAGACCCCCGGAUGUCCUGAAGAUGGCAUAGUAAUAGAGGCAUCUUUCAAUGAUCGGGAACGUCUUCCCCGUGGGUGCCAGCCCAGGCCAGUGGUGUCGUGUGGAGCUGAAGGGACGUGUCUACCGCUCUCUGGAAACCUCUUUCUCUCCUAAUUCAUGAGCCAGCAGGAUGCGGUCGCUGCACUCUCAGAACGCCUUCUCAUAGCCGCGUACAAAGGCCAAGCAGAGAAUGUGGUUCAGCUCAUCAACAAGGGCGCCAAGGUAGCGGUUACCAAGCAUGGGCGGACCCCCCUGCAUCUUGCUGCCAAUAAGGGCCAUCUUUCUGUGGUCCAGAUCUUGCUGAAGGCUGGCUGUGACCUCGAUGUCCAGGAUGAUGGGGAUCAGACCGCCUUGCACCGGGCCACGGUGGUGGGGAACACCGAGGUCAUUGCCGCACUCAUCCAGGAGGGCUGUGCCCUGGACCGACAAGACAAGGACGGGAACACGGCCCUGCACGAAGCGUCCUGGCACGGUUUCAGCCAAUCAGUCAAGCUGCUCGUUAAAGCAGGAGCCAACGUACUUGCCAAGAACAAGGCGGGGAACACGGCCCUGCACCUGGCCUGCCAGAACAGCCACUCCCAGAGCACACGCGUCCUCCUGCUGGGCGGGUCCCGCGCCGACCUCAAAAAUAACGCAGGCGACACCUGUUUGCACGUUGCCGCGCGCUAUAAUCACUUGUCCAUCAUUAAGCUCCUCCUCAGUGCUUUCUGUUCUGUCCAUGAAAAGAACCAGGCCGGAGACACAGCACUUCAUAUUGCUGCUUCCCUAAAUCACAAGAAGGUGGUUAAAAUCUUACUGGAAGCUGGAGCAGAUGGGACCAUUGUUAAUAAUGCAGGCCAGACUCCGCUGGAGACUGCCCGCUACCAUAAUAACCCGGAAGUUGCUCUUCUCCUCACCAAAGCUCCCCAGGUCUUGCGCUUCAGUCGUGGGCGGAGCCUGAGGAAAAAGAGAGAGAGGCUCAAGGAAGAGAGGAGAGCUCAGUCUGUGCCAAGAGAUGAGGUGGCACAAAGCAAGGGAAGUGUCUCGGCAGGAGACACCCCUAGCAGUGAACAGGCUGCACCCAGGAAAGAAGAGGCUAGAGAAGAUUUCCUGUCAGCCUCCCCAGAGCCCCAAGCGAAGGACAACAGGCGGAGAAAGUCAAGGCCCAAGGUGUCAGCAUUUUCUGACCCCACCCCACCCGCAGACCAACAGCCUGGACACCAGAAGAACUUGCACGCUCAUAACCACCCUAAAAAGAGGCCCAGGCAUCGAUGUUCAUCCCCGCCCCCUCCCCAUGAAUUCAGAGCAUACCAGCUCUACACGCUGUACCGGGGCAAGGAUGGGAAAGUGAUGCAGGCACCAAUAAAUGGUUGUCGAUGUGAACCCCUGAUCAACAAGCUGGAGAAUCAGUUGGAGGCAACUGUGGAGGAGAUCAAAGCGGAGCUGGGAUCAGUUCAGGAUAAAGUGAAUGUAAAGCUGGGGCAUAUGGAGAAUAAAACCCAGCACCAGAUGCGUGUUCUGGACAAGCUGAUGGUUGAGCGACUCUCAGCAGAGAGAACGGAGUGCCUGAACCGGCUGCAACAGCACUCAGAUGCAGAGAAGCAUGAGGGAGAGAAACGACAGAUGUCCUUGGUGGAUGAGUUAAAAACCUGGUGCAUGGUAAAGAUUCAGAAUCUGGAACUGAAACUUUCUGGAGAGUCCAGGGCCUUGAGGGCGAAAUCCACACCAUCCACUUGCGAGUCCUCGACAGGUGUGGAUCAAUCAGUGGUGACCGCAGGUCCAGUAGCAGCUUCUGACAGUUCCCCUCAGGUGGUUAGACCCAAGGAAAAGGCCCUCAACUCCACCACUCCCCACAGACUCCAGCAGGAGCUGUCUUCCUCAGAUUGUACCGGCUCCCGACUGAGGAAUGUCAAGGUCCAGGCAGCCUUGCUACCCCUGAGAGAAGCAGCCAGAUGUGAUCAGCAGGCUGGGCCCUGUGUAGACAGAAGCACCCAAACUAAGAAGCCUGGGAAAAGUGGGCAGACGAGGCAUCGAGCCCAGCACCCUGCACCCAGCACCACCUGUGGGCAGCUGCCACCAGCAACAGGCAGCGAGCAGACUGCCCCUCAUGUUCGAGACACCUCCCAAGCUCUGGAGAUUACCCAGUAUUUUUUUGAGGCUGUUGCUACCCAGAUGGAAAAGUGGUAUGAAAGGAAGAUUGAAGAAGCACGAAGCCAAGCCAGUCAGAAAGCCCAGCAAGACAAGGCCACGCUGAAGGAACAUAUUAAAAGUUUAGAAGAGGAACUUGCUAAACUAAGGACUAAGGUGCAGAAGGAAAAUUAGGACCUGGGAAGUGGCACAGAAAGGAUUCUUGAGGAUUUCUAGUUUUGCACCUGCAGGAUAGCUGUGCCCAAGGUGUCAAUUACUGAGCACGUAGCAGACUUGCCUUUAAAAAAAAAAAAAAUCACUAAUUUCUUAAAUGUGCCAGACCCACGUUUCCUAUGCCCUGAAGUUAUGAAGACUUUUAACAAUUAAACUGAAACCAGGGGAAGCUUGCUUAGUUUCAGGUUUCAUUACAAACUCAAAACCUCAGUCCAGGUUCAUCUGAAGUUCAAAAGCUCAGAUUAAGCGAGCCACUAAGAAACUAAACGAUGUGUAAGCCUAAACCCUAAAAUUCAGGAUGUACAAAAUAAUAUAAAUCAAAAGCAAGAAAAUAAGUUAAUCCCUUGUGAACUUAAAUGAAGUAGUCAUUCAUAUAAACACCUGCUGUGCCUAGACAAGAGCAUCUUUCUGUAAGCUGUAACUGAGAUGCACUAAACCCUCUCUCAAAUGCAUAAUUCUUAAAAUGCUGACAUUCUAAACAGGUGAAAACUUAUCAGAUUUUGAGGAGAAAGAUUUCCAUGAUGUCACAAGAUCCAGUAUAUCCUAAAAAAUGUUUUGAAAAGUCAGAGUGUAUUUAAAUAAUGAGUAAUUGGCUAAUGGCACUGGGAAUGUUGAUUAAUAAUGAACUCAAAUGAGAAAGGUUCAAAUCAUUUGAUUAUAGUUUCUGUAUUUUCAGCCAAAAUAUAGAAAUACUAUAAUAGAUUAAUCCUAGUGAUUUUAAAGCAGAUUAAUGGGAAAAGAAAUUCAUGUAACAAUUAUCUGAAACUUCUAUAACCUAUUCAUAAACAAACCCAAUUAUCUUAGAGUACCUUUCUGAAUUUGAGCUUAUUGAUCUGCAUUUUAUAAAGAAAUGAGGCUAGUUCUUAAAAGUAUUACAUUUUUAAUUGAGUUCUGUCAUUGAAGAACCUCAAAAGCUUUCCACUGCAAAGCAGUGACUACAUCAAGGUGAAUAAUUCAAUAACUCGAUUGAGACCCCACCAUUCCCCCAGCUUCAUGGAGCCCGAAGGAUUUCACUGUUAUAUGGAAUAUACAAAAUUGUAAAGAUAAAUUGGGUGUGUUGAAAUUUUUAGUUUAAUUAUCUUCCAAACUUCCUUUCCCUUGGAAUGUGGGAUUAUACUGAUCUCCUCAAAAUUCCAUGUAUGCAUAGAAACCUCAGUUCUAUUUCUAUAAACAUAGGAACUGAGGAACUGUUGUCUGUAGUUUUGAAUAAAAUGUUUCUCAAUGAGCUAAAGAAAAAAGAAGCUUGACAUGGAAACACCCAGAAAAAGUGUGCUUUUUAGUGCCUUUGUGUUUUGCCUACCAAGCUCACAGCUGGUUUCAUUUUUCUUAAUAGUGACAAUCUAUGGAUAUUAGACAUAAUAAACGUAGAUGUAUGUCAGCAUUAUAACAGAACGUGGAUAGGGAAUUAAUUUGAUGCCCUCUCAAGCUUCUUUUCAUGUUUGGAAGCUUGUCUUGUCCCUCAGCUCCUACGUAGGUAGACGGUUCUUCCCCAGGUUCUUUGGAUUGCUAACUGUAGAGGCACUUGCUUCUUUUCAUUUUCCUAUGUGUUUCUAAUGCAGAAUCACAGAAUUGUAGAGCGAGGUGGUACCUUCAGUCCAGAGUGCUCUGGUAGGAAGUAUUUUGAUUGUGUAAUUCCUGCCCACCAGAAGCAGGCAGCUUAUUAUUGUGAACUGGAUAUUUUUGUCAAAGUCACAGGGAAGAGACUAGGGAGGAAUGGGCAAGGUCAGAUGUGCCUGGUUUGCACAUUGCAUGAAUCUUGUCUCUCUCUCUCUCUCUCUCCCCCCAGCUCCCCCCCACCCCCCCUCUCUCUUUCCUCUCUGGAAAACCUAUAAUAGGCAAGAUAAUAGAACAGAGUCAGUCAGCCUCUGAAUCCAAAGAGAUGGCAACAUCUUAAGGCCAAUGUAACAGCUUUUUUAAAACUGUGUUUGGUCUGUUUUUGUUCCUUAUUGUCAAAAACUCAACUAUGGGUCUGAUGUGUAUUUUUCCUUAUUUUUCCCUUGUGCUAUUUGCUAAAAUGAGCAAAUGCCACAAUAGUACUUUUCCAAAUCAGAACUAUUAACAAUUUAUAGCCUGUCAUGUAGGUUGUAUUUCAAACUUAGGCUGGAACUUUUAAUAGCAGUGGGGAAAAUGAUGUAAAAUACAUAAAAGUUGUACAAUAUUGCAAUGUUUUUAAAAAUUGUUAUUGCAUUAUUGCAUUGAGCAUAGUAAAUAUCUGUGAUAGAUUGAAUAUUAGUUCUAAUAUUACUUUUGACUUUGGGAGCCCAAAAUAAAGGAAGUGAUGUUUUCAUGUUUA